AUGGCGGGAUCUCAUGAAAAAGUGGAAAAAUUUCCAGACUUGCGACAUCAGUUUUUGCGUGGAUUGAUUCAGUAUGAAGGCUGGCAGAGGACACGUCAUUACUUGAAAUCUGCAGCAGAAUGCACAUCACGUGCCAUUGUGUCAUUGGAACUGAGUCCCCAACCAAUCAAAUCGCCACGACAGGCACAGAAAUUAGAGAGUAUUGGGGGAGAGACAAUCAAAAGGCUUAAAAAGUUUGCAGAGGAAGAUCGCUGGCCGAGAAGUCCCCCUCUGUCGGGAAAGUUUGUGAGUUCUGCAGGUGCCAUACUGGUGGCUCUAAUGACAGCUGAGGACCAGAUCAAGGAGAGCAGCGAUGAAAAAGACAGCCAUCAUAUCUCAGAAGAAAAGCUGAAAGCUCAGGCAUCCAUGUUGUGUGAGGAGGACUUUACACAGGACGGAUUCUGUCAAGCGUGGUGGAGGAUGGAAGUGCUGAUCAAACGAGGUUAUGUUAAACGAAGAUUCUACAAGAAAUCACCUGUGUAUCACCUCUUACCUGAAGGUCGUGAAGUAGCCCUCACACUGCUAGGUAAAUCUUGUGCAGCUUCAACUGGAACGAAUGGAAAUGUAUCUAAACACAGUCUCUACUUGCCAAAGGCUUAUCCUGAAUUGAGCACCAGGCAGAGUAUGGCUUUACCAGAGAAAUCCGUAGUUUUCUCACCAGGAACCUCAGGGUGUUUCAUGGAGAAUCUUGCAGCUUGUGACACUGAGAUUGCAACCACAUCAACACCCCCCAGAUCUGAGACCCCAACCAUUGAGUGUAGCUAUGAAAAAUCUGGUUACAGUAAGGAGAAAGUCAGACCCAGGAAAUCACUCAGUAACAAUGAAAUAAAUGUUAAAUUAUGUACCACUUCCACUGAGUCUCAUAGAUCUGGUAACAACUGGGAGGGAACUAGGAGCUCUCACUUACCAUGGCAGUGUGACCAGAUGGGGACAGACUGUCGUCUUGGAAAUGAUACAGGGCAGGAUGGGGUUGUGAUGUUACUGGACACAUCAGAGUGGGGUGGUGAACAGGGAAACCUUAUCCAGUUGGGAGAGAUGUUGGACAAUGCUGGAAUGAUCUAUAGAACCAAAAGACUUGUGACAGGUGACUACUGCUGGCGAUGGCGUUAUCAUGGAGAGGAGAGGGUUCUACCUUGUAUGGUGGAGAGAAAGAGAGCAGAUGAUCUGGCAAGGACACUAAAAGAGGGGAGAUUCUGGAGUCAAGUGCAGAAAAUGGUGGACUGGAAGAAAGAGUUCAUGACCUGUGACUUUCCAUGUGACCUGUUCUAUGUCAUAGAGGGUGAACCAGAGCAGUAUGUUAUGAACUGUAAGGACAGAUGUCAUGGUGUGGGCAUGUGCAAGAACCCAAGCCUGACCCAGGUCAAGAAUGCCAUUGUUGACCUGAAAAGUCAUCCAGACCUUCAAGUUCUGCACACUGACAGUAUACUGGAAACUGUGGCUAUUCUAGAAUCAAUAACAGUGGAUUUAGAUCAAAAAGUGAAAAAAGGAAAAUUUGAUGUGAUGUUUGAGAUGGAAUGGGAGAAGUGUAAGCAGGAUUCAGGUGUAAUAAAUAUUGAUGACAGUGAUGAGGAAGCCCACCCAUCAGCCUCUAAAGGCAAGCCUUCCACAGAUGGGAAAGAACCCAGUGUGUCUGAAAAUCUUGUCAGUGACAAACUUUGUAAAAAUUCAAAUGACAGCAUAAUUCGUAUUCCUCAUUGUAAUAUAGACAAUUUUUAUAAAACUUCAUUGACUUUGUCAGAAAAUGAUGAGCAUGAUGUUGAUCAUGAUGAUUUAGAUGCUCAGAUUUGUGUUAUUGACAAUGAUGGCGAUAUGGAAGACCCGGACUGGCUUCCAGACAUUCCCUGUAGUACAUGGACACAUAGGAACAUGAAGACAACUAGAUGUUCAUCUGAAGAAAUAACUGAAAGUAAUGCAUCAAGAACCAAGCAUAAUAAUCUAAAAAGAAACAUUAAAAAUGAUCAGGAUGAGGGAAUGUUUGGUAAAAAGAUACUGGUAACCAGGAAAGAAAGAAGUGCAGGGUUUGGAGUAAAAGAUGGCCUCUGUAGUGGAAGCUACAAGUCUUGUGACUGUGUAGAAAUUGAUCCUGAUGAUGAUUGGACACAGUCGAAAAAUGUUUCACUCAGAAAUCAUGUUGUAAGAUCAACUAGCAAAAAGACCACACAACUUGAAGCAAGUGAUGAUUCUGAAAGUGUAGAGACAAGAGAUGAUUGGUGGGAAAACAGUGAAAAGGAACCUCUGGUUAUGUAUCACAAUUCCUAUGGCUUCCAACCACGUACUCCAUCUAAAAACAAAGAAGAAAAACCUAUGUGUAUCAAUAAAAUUGACAGACAAUCUGAAAUGGAUAGAGAAAUAGGUUAUAAAAGAAGGUCUAGUCCAAAACUGGAAGUAAACAAACAAUGGGUUACAGAAAGUGAUAGAGGAACUAUGGGAUUCUGUAAAUCCUCAGAUUAUGAUAAAGACAGAGUGACCAAGAUAUGGGACAUUUUGCCAUCUCAGUCUAAAGAGACAGAUUAUGAUGAUGACAAAGUGACCCAAAUACAGGACAUGUUCCCCUCACUAUCUAGAGAGGCAGUUUAUGAUGUCAUGUCUAGACACUCUGGUGAUGUAAUGAGUUGUGUAGAAGAACUCUUAAAAACACAAGAGAUUGGCUGAUUUUUUCUUCACUCAUUUUGGUGUCCUUGGUGUUAAGUGUUACUACUAAUGCUGUAUAAUCUUGGUAACUGUAUUAUCAGAGUGUCCCUGAUUAUAUCUGAUUUUUUGAGCUGUUCUCAGUUGUUAAGGUGUUUUGUUUUUUAGGACAUCGGAGUCGCUCAGGUGACUAUUAUCUGUUUUUGUCAGUCAUCGUGCAUGAUUUGUUGUUCAAACUUUGUUGUCAGUCAGUCAUAAACUUUUGAACAUUUUUAUCUUCUUUAAAACCACAACUCAUUACCGCCAAUUUUGGUAUA